CAGCCACCGCGCCCCGCCCCCUGCGCAGCCACCCCGCUCCCCGCCCUCUGCACAGCCACCUGCCUCUCCCCUUUGGUAGAGUUUGGUCCGCUCUCUGCUCAUGUGACCUCAUGGCUGUGCUCUGGAUCCCCACACUGCCACCUGUCUCCAGUGGCAGUGCACUGGCAUAGCCACAGUGACAGCCCAUUGCCUUUGAGGCAGUCUGCUGUCUUGUGUAGCCACACUGUUGGUGCUCUGCCCCUAGGGCAGUCUGCCACUCUGUGAGCUGCUGCUGUGUGCUGUGUCAUGUCCAGGGAGUCAUGUGAUGUGUGGCUGCGCUAUGUCACAUGCAUAUCACGUGACCGUCCUUUCAGUCAUGUGACCGACAUGUCACGUGAUCCGUGGCUGCGCCCCAGGCACCAUUUCUGCUGCGCUUUUUUGUGGCUGUGAUGGGACCCUAGGCUUGGCUUCCUCUGUGAUGUGAUGGAUCUGGCAUUGCUUGCCCAUGGCUGCCGCUCUCUGCUGGGUCUGGGUCUUUCCUCAUCGUGCGCUGGGCCGUCUGGCCUCCUCUCUUCUGCUGCUUCCUCGUGUCCUUGGGUCCGUGCUCCUAUGCCGCCAGGCUCUCCCUGCGCAUCCAGGCCUACUUCUUGGUUGCUGCCCACGCUCGUUGUGCAUUAUUGCAGGUGGGCUGCAACCUUGAAGGGGGGAUUGUCGAUUGUCCCCCGUGACCAUCUAUUGGUCACUUGGCACCUGCUUCCCUGCAGGAUCGGUUCGGAUGGAGCAUCCCUUGCUCUAUCCCCAGCUGAUUGUGAUGUCGCACCUGGCGCAGCAGACCCUCUCCCUCCGUCCCAUCAUCUCCUCUGCACUCCUCCCUCUGUUCCCAUCAUCUCCGCCUUGGUCCAUAACCUCUCCCCCCGCUGUCUCGCCUCUACGCACGUCUCCACGGGCAUAUACCCCCGGCUUUGGCCGGCGGAACAUCCGCUACGUGCCUCCGCUGUUGUGCGAGGCCUUGCGCUAACCGUGUGAUGGCUGGCCCCCUUGGCCGGCUUGUUACGUCUUGAGCGUCAGAGCAGUCGGUCCUUCUGUUGGCUCUGUCCCCCCUACGUGUGUCUCCAUGGGCGUAUACCCCCGGCUUCGGCCGGCGGAACAUCUGCUACGUGCCUCCGCUGUUGUGCAAGGCCUUGCACUAACCAUGUGAUGGCUGGCUUGCUGUUGUGGCCGGCCUGUUACACCUUGGCUCCGGACAUCCACGGCAGGUGGUAGACCCGUGCAUCACCCGCCGACCCCAUCUAUUAGGUGGCUGGUGCACGCAACAUCCCUCCCUUCUGCAUCCGACACGUGCCUUUUUUUUCGGUUGCCUCUAUUGCUGCUGUGCAGCUGGGACAACUGAUUGGUGCGUCGAGGGCGCCGCACCUUGAAGGGGGGAUGAAGGGGCAGUGGAGGGAAGCGACCGCAAGGGAGCUUCUCUCUACAAGUGGGACGACUUCAGGAGUCCUGGUUGCCCUUACAGGCACCUGAGCUUCUGGAAGGAGCAGAGCGACGACCACCCUGACCAUAGGGAAGGUCGUGGUACAGCCACACAUGCAUAGCUGUGGGGCUGGACCUUAGAGCGGGACAGCGACCGACCACUAGGUCAUAGGGAGCUGACACGCAGCUCAGUGACGACGCACCGGACGACAGAGUGGGACGCGCAGCAUACCACUGGAGUAGUGCGUCCUUCUUUUUCCCCC